AUGGGCGACCUGCAGUAUCUGCAGGUGCAGAGGGCGGCCGUGGCCGACCCGGCCUCGUUGGCGGCUUGGGCUCAGAAGAAGCUCUGCUACGUCCCCGACCAGAAUGAAGGCUUCCUUCUUGGUGCCAUCAAGUCAGUUAUAUAUCUCUCUGAACCUGUUUGCGCAUGAUUAAGAAACAAGCUGUUUUGGGUCAGCUUCACUACUGAUUUCCAUCACUAGAAAACAAAAGAUGGAUCGCCAUUUUUGUCUAGUUUUUUUUUCAAAAAAACUCAAAUAACAGAGCGAAACACCGUACUUCCAGUACUCUGAAGUUCGAAUAUUCACUAAAAAGUUCUGUUUACUCGGAAUCUCAGUGGUCGUCCGAAAAGUUUUCAGGGCUUUAUAUGGUUCUUAAAUGCAUAAUUCGAUUUCUCAGCUUUUUAUUGUUCAAAAACAAUGCCACGAAAUUCGAGCAAAAAGCUUAGUGAGCUAUUUUCAUAAAAUCUAUUCAUAACGAAAAAACUUUUUAGGCCGAGUUUUCAAAACCUAUCAAGCGAUAGUUGUUGACACCCUUUUUGAGAGAAGAACUUUAAAAAUAAUUGAAUGAAAUGAUUUUUUCCGAAUUUUUCUCACGAGCUACGUUUUCUAAUCAACGGCGAAGCUACCGUAACUCUUUUUUUGUUUUUUUCUUCCAUCGGCGCCGCAGAAAAAAGUUCUGCCAAGCUUUUGAAAGAUAAAAUGGUAGAACCGGCAUCAGAGGAGAAAAAAAAUUCACUAAAAUUUAAUCAUUUUUUUGAACGUCUUUAUGUAGUUUCUUUAUCGGAAACAGACCAUGAAACUUCGAAAGCCUUCAAAAACGUUGUACUUUCCAUUAGAUUUGAUAAAAAUGAGAAGUUAAAGACUGUUGACUAAUACUACAAACGAAAUUCAACCUUUUCUCGAAGAGGAAGUUUUCGGAUAUGAAUCAUAAGUGAACAAACAUUUUGUCAUCAAAGUUCAUUUUCAGAAAAGAAACCAAUGACGAAGUUGUGGUGGAGUUGUGCGACUCAAAUCGACAGGUCACACUCAGCAAAGACGAUGUCCAGAAGGCCAAUCCGCCUAAGUUCGACAAGGUCAAUUUUUUUGAGCAAAAAAGACAAGAUAGACAUGAAAAACAAAUUCCAUUGACUGCUGACCUGAGAAAACAUAAUCAGCAGAAAAGUCUACACAAAAACGCUUUUGAUCGGAAAAAUAACGGACAACACGUUCGAAAAUUCCAAAUUGGAAAUCUCGGGCUAAUUAUCGAAGUUUUUAGGUCGAAGACAUGUCCGAGCUGACAUACCUCAACGAAGCUUCAGUCCUUCACAAUCUCAAAGAGCGUUAUUAUAGUAGCUUAAUUUAUGUAAGCAGAUUCCUAGAAAAAUUCAAAAAAUGGACAAGCUUCAGACUUACUCGGGUCUUUUCUGCGUUGUAAUCAACCCUUAUAAAAAACUGCCAAUCUAUUCGGAGAGCCUCAUCGAAGAAUUCAAAGGCAAAAAGCGACACGAAAUGCCUCCUCACAUCUUCGCCAUCGCCGACACCGCUUAUAGGCACAUGCUUCAAGGUUUGUUGGAAAUGUUCGGAGGUUUUGAAACAGUGAUGUGAAUUUCAGAGCGCGAAGAUCAGUCCAUCCUCUGCACGUGAGUGACUUCUUUUCAAGCCGAUUCCAUUCUUCAAUUUGAAAAAUAAAUGAGCUUCGAACAACCUGAUUGCUGUUUCAGGGGAGAGUCCGGCGCUGGUAAGACUGAAAACACGAAAAAGGUCAUACAGUACUUGGCUCACGUCGCUGGAGCCAGUCGUCCCAAAAACUCGACCCUCCCAGUUCACGCCAAGGUAUUUUUAGAAACAGCUAACGACUUUUUCUUGAUUUGACUCCUUCAUUUCUUAUCGAACAAUUUAGCCCGACAAUUACCGAAACACGAUCGUAAGUCUUGAUGUCGUUUGUUGAUCAGUUUUCAGUGAAUUUAUUUUGUACUUGUCCAGCAACUUACACCACCAUGUCCUCGCUCACAACCAGAGCUCAAAUUUUACUCUUUCCAUUCAUUUCAUUUUCAUUGAAGUUUUCAGUUUCAUUUUAGCGCUUUAAUCACGCUUUACAUCCCUAGAUUUUAUUUCUCAACAAAAAAGUUUCGAUCGCUCACAUAAAUGUCCUACACGCAGGACGCUUGCACACAGAAGCGUCUUCAAAUUGUUUUCACAACUUAUUCAAAGGCUUUCCGCCCUCAUAACCAAAAAACUUAACAACUCAAAUAAAUGAAGUUUUUUUAAGGGCGAGUUGGAGCACCAACUGCUCCAAGCGAAUCCUAUCCUCGAGGCAUUUGGUAACUCGAAGACAGUCAAGAACGACAACUCCAGUCGUUUCGUGAGUUUCUACUUCUCACUUUAGCUUUAAAAAUAAAUCCAACUCGAAAAUAUUUUCUCUUUCAGGGAAAGUUCAUCCGAAUCAACUUCGACAUGAGCGGCUACAUCAGCGGAGCCAACAUCGAGUUUUACUUGCUCGAAAAGUCUCGAGUCCUCCGUCAGGCUCCCGAUGAGCGAAGUUUCCACAUCUUCUACCAAAUUCUCCGUGGAACGUCGGAAAAAGAGAAAGGUAAACUGCAACGCUUGGAAAACAAGAUCUGAGGGAUGGAACGAGAUUGACCCUGAUCGCAUGUCAUAUCUGGUAGUCGUUUUAUUUACCCCUCGUCGCGAAACAGGCUUCGCGCCUCGCGGACAACAAUCGGCCUGAGAAGAUAGUGCUCGUGAGAAAGGGCGUUCGCAGAUAGUCAAUCUGAAGAUAUCGCCACGAUGAGAUGCGUCGCGCCAGAUAUCUCUCGGGUAUAUCGUCCUCAUAACCUUCCGAACGCAUUUUUCACUUGCGAGGCAAAACCGUUUAAUGAGGGCCGUGUCAAAUGAAUACGCUUUGAGAGAUUUUCGAAACGUUAAAAAAAAAGUAACAGGAGGGUAAACGAUGAGAAAAAAUGAACGCUACAGAAGAAAAAAAUGAGAAAGCUUCUCACUCGGCUAGAAAACAACCAAAAUAAUGCAAUUUUAAACUGGCAACUGUUUUCAAUUAUUUUGGAAGGAUAUGUGUUAAUAAAAGAAUUCCGUAAAAAGCCAUGAAAAAUGGGUAAAUGAGCAAGCUGAUAAUUGAACGCUUCUUAUUUAAAAAAAAUCUGUGACAGAAUAGGUUGAAGGCUUUAACUUAUUAAAAUAUCCUUUCCCGGAAAUGAAAAAUUCUAAUAUAAAACGUUUUUCGAAAAAAACAAAUGACUUGGAUCACUUUGACUUUGUUUGAUUCAGAAAAAAAAAAAAAAAAAAGUUAUACUCUUUUUCCUGUUUAACUUUUCAGAAACUGCAAAUUCAAUGUUUCUUUUUAAUUGUGAUGAUUUCAGCCGAUUACUUGCUCGAAUCAAUUGACAAAUACCGAUUCUUGGUCAAUGGAGGAGUUACUCUGCCAAACGUCGACGACGCUCAAGAGUUCCACAGCACUAUCCAAUCGAUGAAAAUCAUGGGAUUUUCUGAGGAAGAAGUGACCUGUUAGUCCAUUCAUUUGAACUGUGAGCGUAGUUUUAUAAUUUCAGCCGUGAUGAGAGUCGUUUCGGCCACGCUGCUUCUCGGCAACUUGGAGUUCUUCCAAGAGAAGAAGAGCGAUCAAGCCAUUCUUCCUGAUGAUCGAGGUAAAAUUUUUAAUAGUUUGAAGAUUCAAGAUCCAAGUUUACAGUGAUCCAAAAAGUGUGUCAUCUUUUGGGCUUGCCGGUUAUUGAGCUAAGCAAGGCAUUCUUGAGGCCCAGGAUCAAGGUGAAAAAAAUUUUUCGAAUUUUUCCGUAAUGAUAUGUUUUUGAAUCAGUUUCCCUUUUUAUUAGGACUCUUUUCAUAGAUUAUGUAAAAACCCCCCAAAAAAAUGGCUUCUGUAAGUUUUUUUAAACAGAAACGGAUAAAAAAAUUUAUUUACUAUCCUGCCGAAAGAGAUAAACUUAUUUUUUUCAGGUCGGUCGAGAGUUCGUCAACAAAUCGCAGAGCAAAGAACAAGCCGAAUUCGCCGUUGAAGCCAUCGCCAAGGCGUCCUAUGAGCGCAUGUUCAAAUGGCUCGUCAGCCGAAUCAACAAAUCUUUGGACCGAACUCAUCGUCAAGGAGCUUCCUUCAUUGGCAUCCUCGAUAUUGCUGGGUUUGUUUCUUGCUUUUUCUAUCAGGACUUUAGGAUAUUUCAGUUUUGAAAUCUUCGACAUGAACUCCUUCGAGCAACUUUGCAUCAACUACACCAAUGAGAAGCUCCAGCAGCUCUUCAACAACACCAUGUUCAUCAUGGAGCAGGAGGAGUACCAGCGAGAAGGUAUUCUUAAGUUGAAUCGAAAAAAUUUAUAACGAUUUUCAGGAAUUGAAUGGGAUUUCAUUGACUUUGGCCUCGACUUGCAGCCAACGAUUGAUCUUAUUGAGAAGGUAAUUUUCUGGUCUAAGGACUUUAAAUGAAUUUUCAUUGAAUUUCAGCCCAUGGGUAUCCUGGCCCUUCUUGAUGAAGAGUGUCUCUUCCCCAAGGCGACGGACAAGAGUUUGGUUGAGAAACUGCAGAAGACUCACUCGAAACAUCCGAAGUUCAUCGUUCCUGACAUGAGAGCCAAGAGCGACUUUGCUGUCUUCCAUUACGCUGGUUGGUUAAAUUUCUUAGGAUUUCUCAGAAUAGUUGCUUUUCCAGGCCGUGUGGACUAUUCUGCUGAUCAGUGGCUCAUGAAGAACAUGGAUCCUCUCAACGACAAUGUUGUCAGCUUGAUGCAAAACUCGACCGAUCCGUUCGUUGUCGGCAUCUGGAAGGAUGGUUAGUAAAAGGACGCAUUUAAGAAAAUUUUGGAAAGUGAAAGGCAUAAAAAGUUUUUGACACUUUCAAACAAGAAAGCUGAAUUUGAAUAAAUGGAUAAUAUUUUUUUCUCACCAUUUUUUCACGCUGAGAGCUUCAAAAAUGUGUUUGUCGGAAAAAAAAAACAGAUUUUGUAGUGAGGUUUUUUGAGAUUCCGCGUUUACUGGCAAUAAACUGUCAAAUUGUCCCCGAAUGUUUUUACUUCUGCAGCUGUUGAUGGAAAAGCUCAUUCGCAAAAAAAAAAGCUUCAAAUGGUAAUUUUACAGCCGAAUUCGCCGGCAUCUGCUCGGCGGAGAUGAACGAAACGGCCUUCGGAAUGAGGACUCGAAAGGGCAUGUUUCGCACCGUCUCCGCAGUCCAUAAAGAACAGCUGACGCGUUUGAUGACCACGCUGAGAAAUACGAGCCCCCACUUCGUGCGCUGUAUUAUCCCCAAUCACGAAAAGAAGGCCGGAAAGAUCAACUCCAACCUCGUGCUCGAGCAGCUCAGGUGCAACGGUGUGCUCGAAGGCAUCCGCAUCUGCAGACAAGGAUUCCCCAAUCGCGUGCCAUUCCAAGAGUUCCGUCAUCGCUACGAGAUCCUCACUCCUGACGUCAUCCCGAAGAACUUCAUCGACGGCAAGGAAUCUGUCAGGUACGGCGUUUUUACUUGCUCAUUUUUGGAAUAAAGAGUAUUUUGAACUUGAAGAGAUUUCUCAAAUAUUUUUUACAUUUUUUGAGAGCCGAACUUUUUUUCUUAAUGUAAAAAGUUCCUGAAACUUCAUUCAUCCGCCAUUAAAAAAACUAAUUUCUUAAAAAAAUUGGUGAAAUCUUUUUCAAAAAAAUGUAUAAAUAGAUCCUCAACUUUGAGAUUAAAGUUUUUCAAAACGCCCUGAAACCUUUGAGAUGUCAAUCUCACCGAGGAAAUGACAUUUGACAGAAAUUUGAGCUGCAAGAAUCAAAUUUCAGUGUUCGAUCCCUCAUUAUAGUAUGAUGAUGAUAUAUAUAUUUUUCCUUUUUUUCUACAAACCGUUUUUUUGCUCUCCAUGAUAUCUGCAAAAAAUUAGUUCUGAAGGCUCAAUAAACUUCAAAUUUCAAGAUAAACUUUUCAGGAAGAUGAUCACUGCGUUGGACAUCGAUUCCAACUUGUACCGUAUCGGUCAAUCGAAAGUCUUUUUUUCCGAACUGGCGUCCUUGCUCAUCUUGAAGAAGAACGGUAACUUUUCCACCAUAGUUUUUUUAUUAAAUUGUGGGUUUUUUUCAGAGACCUCAAGUUGACCGCUUUGAUCAUUCGCUUUCAAGCGGCUUGUCGUGGAGCUCUUGCCCGUCGUCAAUACGCCAAGAGGGUUUAUUACUAAAAAAAUCAAUCCAAACUUCAAUUUAUUUUUUUCAGAUCCAACAAUCCAGCGCUAUUCGCGUCAUCCAGCGUAACGGUCUUGCCUAUUUGAAGCUUCGCAAUUGGCAGUGGUGGCGUCUUUUUCACCAAGGUUUGAAUUAUUUAAUUUGUAUAAAAAGGCAAAUACUCUGAUUUGAAAGAAAUCAAUGUCUGAGUUUGCAAUUUUCAAAGUUCUUACAUCAUAAGAGUUAUCGAAGACUGUCAAACGAAUGAUACUUAAAUCAAAAAAAUCAGUCAAGCUCAAACAUAUCAAUUUUAAUCAUCCUGAAAUUUGUUUUCAGGUCAAGCCGCUUCUGCAAGUCACCCGAACUGACGACGAGAUCCGAGCAAAGGAUGAUGAGCUCAAAGUCACCAAAGAGAAACUCAACAAAGUUGAAGUCGAACUCAACGAAAACCAGCACAAGUUCGAUCAGGUACUUUUGUAAUUAAGCAAAUAAAUAAUUUUAAAAAACCGCAGAUCAUUGCGGAGAGGAACGUUCUCCAACAACAACUGGCUCAAGAGGCUGAGAACUCUCAGGAGCUGGAGGAGAUCAAAGUCCGACUUCAAAUGAAGGUUUGUGACAUUUUUGAAAAUGCUUGGAAGACUCGAAGAUUCAGAAAGAAGAGCUGGAGGAUAUGGUUGCCGACAUGCGUGAGCGUCUCUCUGAAGAAGAACAUCGCAGUGAGAAGCUGAAUGAGGAGCGGAUUAAGCAGCUGGUAGGACUUAACCGUUUUCACGAAUUAACGGAUGUUUUUCCUUUUUAGGAAACGGUUCGAGAUUUGGAAGAACAGUUGGAGCAAGAAGAACAAACGCGCCAAAAGUUGCACAUUGAUAAAACUAACUCCGACCAGAAAGCCCGAAUUCUUGAGGAAAAACUCGUUGAGCUGCAGGUUCAACAGUUUGAUAACUAUUUGUCGAAAUGCAAAAUAAUUCAGGAUGCCUAUGACAAACUCCUGAAGGAGAAGAGAAUCCUGGAAGAAAAGGUCGAAGUCCUCACCAGCCAGCUCAUGGAGUACGAAGAGCGAGCCAAGCAUGGAGUCAAGGCCAAAGGAAAGGUUAGUAUCGUUUUGAGAAAAAAAAUUGAGGCUUAUGCGCCAUGGUUAAGCUCGAAAAUCAAGUUCACGAGAUGGAGCAAGAUCUUCAACGCGAGCGUCAGUUGCGAGCUGAACUUGACCAGCAAAAACGCAAGCUCAUCGCCGAUUUGGAGGACAAUCGCGAGCUUUUGGAGGAGAAGCGAAGCAAGGUAAUUACUUUUAUCAGUUUGAUUUUCUUCAACUGGAACCGUACGAAAUCAAUCUUCUGAUGAUCAUUUUUCAGGUCGAAGAGCUCAACGGACAGCUCAUCAAGCGAGAGGAAGAGCUGCAGCAGCAACUCACCAAGUGCGAUGAGGAAUCUGGCAACGUCGCCCUUCUGCAAAGGCAGAUGCGAGACAUGCAGAUGACAAUUGAGGAGCUCCGAGAAGACGUUGAGUCGGAAAGAACUGCAAGAAACAAGGCUGAAAUGACUAGAAGGUGCUUUUUCGUUCUUUUGGCGGAUAUUUCGAUCUAAUGAGAAUCGGACUAUUUCCUAGUUGUCCACCAACGUUUGUGUUUCCAAAAAAAAAUAUAAGUUUUCAAGGAAGGCGAUGCAUUUUUGUGUUUUUGUGAGCCAAAACAACCCAAAGUCCAAUUAUGAGCAUAAAUCAUCGAUACCAGGCUUCACCAGAACCUCUUUUGAAUAUCGAACCGAUUACUUCAGAGAAGUUGUCGCUCAACUCGAAAAAGUCAAGGGAGACGUUCUCGACAAGGUCGAUGAAGCCACGAUGUUGCAAGACCUAAUGGCUCGCAAAGACGAAGAAGUUAACAAUGUCAAAGUAAGCAGUUGUUUUCAUCCUUAUUUCAUAAAAAUGAUUUCCAGCGCACCUUGGAACAAACGGUUUCUUCGCUCGAGAUGAAAAUGGAGGACCAGAAGAUGAAAAUGAGUCGGCAAAUCGAGGAACUUCAUGAACAGGUCGAGCAACAGAAGAAGCUCCGUUCCAGCGUCGAGAAGAACAAGACGCAGCUCGACCAAGAACGAGUAAGAUUGCGAAAAUAUUUGAUAAAUCCAUUUGAAUAACUUUUACAGGCUGACAUGGCUCAAGAGAUUGCUCUCCUGCAAGCUCAAAAAGCCGAGGCUGACAAGAGAAGGAAGACCCAGGAAGCUCAGUUGAUGGACAUUCAGUCUCAAAUGGCGGAUGGGGAAGAUCAUCGCCGUCAGAUGCAUGAGCAACUUGAAAAGGUGUAGCUGAGCUCCUAAUUUGAUGCAUAAUUUUCUUCUUCAAGACCCGAGAGGAGCUGGAUUACCUGCUGCGUACUCGUGAAGAAGAGGAGCACCACUUCGCCAACAUGACUCGAAAGCUUGGUUCUGCCGAAGCUCAACUUCAAGAGCUCAAUGAUCAGAUUCAAGUAGGUUCAUUGGAAAAUAAGGAUGCUAUUAAUUAUGAACCCGAGGAAAAUUUUUUAUAAAUAGAAAUUUUAGUCAAAAGAUAGCCUAAAGAAACAUGAAAAAAAAAUUUGAUAGGAAUGAUUUUUCCGAAUUAAAUGUCCAUUAAACCUGAAUUAAAAUAAGUUUACAGGUCAGCUUUUUUUUGUUCACUUCUGAAAUUGUUUACAAUAGUUAAUUGUUCUAUGACAAAGCCAAUUUUCAGGAAGAAACCAAGGCCAAGAUCAACUUCAUCAACCGCGUCCGUCAGUUGGAAGAAGAGAAAAACGCGCUCCUUGAGGAACGAGAUGAAGCUGAAGGAGCUAAAGUCUACCUGGAGAAGGUGUUUUGAAAUUUGAAGGAUCAUGAUGAUGUUAAAUAAUACAGGAACUUGGCGCCGCUCGUCAACAAAUUGGCGACUCUCGCCGCAAAGCUGAAGACUCCUUCGUGCAUCAAAUGGAAGAACUCAAGAAGAAGGUAUGAAGAAAUCUUCGAAAACUAGUUUAAUAAAGUUUUUCAGCACCACCGCGACUUGGAGAAUCUCCAGGCUCAAUUGGCCGAAAGCGAAACGAACAAGGAGCGCAUGCUGCAGAGCAAAAAGAAGGUCCAGCAGGAGCUCGAGGACCUCACUAUGGAGCUGGAGAACUCGCGCAGCUCUUCCCGAGAAAUGGAGAAACGCCAGAAGAAGUUCGAUCUGCAGUUGGCUGAGGAACGAGCUAACGUCCAGAAGGUAGAUUUUAAAAAUGGAUUGGAACUGAACUAUUUGUUGUAGGCAUUGGUCGAUCGUGACGCUCAUGCUCAAGAAUCCCGCGACAGGGAGACCAGAAUCCUGUCGUUGAUCAAUGAAGUUGAGAGCUUCAAAGAACAACUUGAAGAUAACGACCGCAUCAAACGUCAGCUGCAGCAGGAGCUCCAGGACUCGGUAAUUCAAAAAAGUUUUUUCAGAAACUUUAUUUUUCGAUUUUCAGAUAUCCAACAAAGACGAUUUCGGAAAGAACGUUCACGAACUCGAAAAGGCCAAGAGAGCCCUCGAAGCCGAGUUGGCCGACCGCAAAGCUCAGAUGGAAGAACUGGAAGAUGCCGUUCAGAUUGCUGAAGACGCUCGUCUUCGUCUUGAAGUCAACCUUCAGGCUCUCCGGUCUGAACAUGAACGGUCCAUCAACAAUAAGGAAGUGGUUAGUUCUCUCAUUUUUCUAAAUACAAUUAUAUUCUGGGAAUUUUCAGGAAGCUGAAGAAAAACGCCGAUCUCUCAUCAAGCAAAUCCGCGACCUCGAAGCCGAGUUGGAGAACGAACGACGUGGCAAGAGUGGAAUCAGCAGUCAGAAGAAGAAGAUGGAGAGCCACAUCGCCGAGCUUGAACAACAACUUGAAGUUGCCAACCGUCUCAAGGUAAGAAUCAGUGUUCCAGAGAGAAAAUCUUUAAAAAAAUCCGAGAAAUAGAACAUUCUUCAAUAGACCUGUUAAAACUGAACUCGAAUUCAUUUUUGAUUCAUUUAUAUUUAACGAAGAAAAAGUUUCAUUUUCAACGCCUUCACAGAAACAUUGGAAAAAAUACACAUUUUGAAUAUCUAAAUUGCUCGCAGGGAUAGUAGGGUAAAUGCAAAAAGCGCGCGCUUCAUUUUGCGUCCCGCACGGAAAAUUAAUUUUGAUUUCAGGAUGAGUACAAUAAGCAGCUGAAGAAGAACCAGCAAAUCAUCAAGGAUUAUCAGCAUGAAUGCGAGGAAACUCGUCAAACCAAGGAAGAUCUGGCCGCCCAGCUCAGAGAAGUCGAGCGCAAACUUCGGUUAGUUACUUUUUCUGGAAAUGUUCGUUAAAGUCAAAAAUCGAGAGAAAUAAGCUUAAAAGCUAGUAACAGGCAUAAAAACUAUUUACGGUCUAGUGAAAAAUAAGGAAACUGGAUAAUUCAGAGCUUCAGUGCCCAAAAAGACAGUGAAAAGUUUGAAAUAGAGAACAAUUAAAAAAAAACGAGAACGGAGAAUAAUAUUGACAAGGUUUUUUUUUGAUUUUUCGAAAUUCAUCGACGGGCCUUAAUUUAAUACCUUUAGUGCUGUCGAAACUGAACGCGAACAACUUCGCGAAGCCAACGAAACUCUUUCCGCCAUCCGCAAGCAGCUCGAGCUGGAGAAGGAUGAACUGGAAGAAAUGCGUGGACGGGUAAUUUUUCGAAAAUACUCUGAUUUCCUGAACAAAAGUAUUAUAGGGAGGCUCUAUCAGCUCUGACGAGAAGAGACGCCUCGAAGCCAAGAUCGCCCAGCUUGAGGAGGAGCUCGAAGAAGAACAGAGCAACUCGGAAAUCGCUAUCGACAAGCAGCGCAAGGCUCAGCUUCAGGUUCAAAGAUAUUUUUUCUGGAAAAUAUUCAACAGUAUCAAUUUUCAGCUUGAACAACUCACAACUGAGCUCUCGAUGGAGCGUUCUUUGAAUCAGAAGACCGACGCCGAGAAGCAGAGUCUUGAGAGGACGUGCCGCGAAUUGCGCGCCAAGAUCACUGAGCUCGAAUCGACGGCUCAGUCGAGGUCCAGAGCCCAGAUCGCUGCUUUGGAGACCAAGAUCCAGUACUUGGAAGAUCAGUACUCGGCUGAAAGUCAGGAGCGUAUCAGCGCUACCAAGCAGUACAGGUGGGACUUUCUCACUUUUUUGAAAAAAUUAGCUUAGCUGAGAGCCUUUUCGACUCUUUCGAGAAAUUUCGAGAAUUUUAUUUUUAUAACCAGUAAAAAUACAUCAAAAAAAGGCGGAUUGAACUGUAAUAAAUUGGCAAAGAAUUUUUCGAAAAGAGGAUUUUCAGACGCCUUGAGAAGCGUCUCCACGACACGAUCCAGCAGCUCGAAGACGAGAAACGCAACAGCGAACAGAGCAAGGAGCUGGUGAGAAACCAUUCUUUUAAUUAAUUUUUCAUUUCAUUUGUUUUUAAAAACUUACUGAGUUUCAGAUGGAACGCGCCAACCUGAAGCAACGAACGAUGCGUCGUCAACUCGACGACUACGAGGAAGAGUUGGCUCGUGAAAGAACCAAAGUUCGAACUCUCCAGAGAGAAAUCGACGACCUCAUUGAGGCCAAUGACACGUUGACCCGGGAGGCUACGGCUCUGAGGUUGCUCUCGCACUUGAAUUAUUUCGAUGAGCCUUAUUUAUUUCCAGAGGCGGAGCAAACCGUCGCAGGGCUGACAAUAUCCGGCUCAGAACCGCCUAUCAAGUUGCCGGUUCUAGCGACAAUUUGGCGUCUCGUGAAGACGAGAAUGAAUCAAAUGGUUAGUUUCAGUAAAUUCUUAGCAAUUUAUGAAAGUUUAUAGAAAAUGUGUCUUUCAGUAUAUCAUUCCUAAUACCACGAAGUCAUGGUUUUCUUGUUUGUAGUAUGAAUUAGUAGCCCUGCUCGGACAUUUUAAGUUUUUUAAUUCACAUGCUCUGUUUCAGCAUAACCUUCAAAUUAGAAAAAUAAGAAAAAAAUAAUUUUUUUAAUAAAUGAACAGCUAACAAGGGAUAAAAUUUCAUUAUGACCCUGUUUAUGGACUCUGAAAAAAACUAACAAAGCAAACUUAAUCAGUAAGUUUUUGAAAUAUAAUAAAAAAAAUCAUUGCAGUGUCUGGAUCGGACCACGUGUCGAUAAAUUAA